AUGAGCUCAGCAGGCUCAACAACCAUGUCCCGCUCUACGGAGACCGUGGUUAUGCAGACACUCUCUGCCCUCUCCAUUAUGGCCAGUGUACCACCCCUAGCUUUGCACUGGAAAAACAGGAACUUCCCGGCUGGCUCCCUAGUAGGAUGGUAUAUUCUCCUCAGCCUUUUCAACAUCAUCAAUGCUUUCAUUUGGCCCACGGAUGAUCUCGACAACUGGUGGGAUGGUGUUGGCCUGUGCGAUAUCCAAGUGAAGCUCCUAGUGGCUUCAUAUGUUGCUGUUCCUGGGUGCUUGGUUUGUAUCUUCCGGAGUCUCGCGUGUGUGUUGGAUACCAGCAGAACGACUCUUGUCCCGAGCAAACGCCAGCGCUGGAGAAACCGCGUCGUGGAAACCAUGUUCUGUGUCGUCAUUCCUAUCGUUGCUGCACUCCUGCACAUGAUAUACCAAGGCAACCGAUACUUUAUAUUUGCGAUCUCUGGCUGUGUCAGUGGUCUCGACGAAAGCUGGGUCAGUCUCGCACUGGGUUAUAUCUGGCCGCUUGUAAUUUUCCUUAUUGCAGGCUAUUACUGUGGUCUUGUGCUACUCCGUCUCAGGCGGUAUCGAAACCAAUUCAACGAAAUCAUCCGCGCAGCGAAUUCCGGGUUGAGCAAGUCGAGGUUCUUGAGGCUAUUUUUCCUCUCCUUCGUCAUGGUUAUAGCCAUCACCCCAGUUCAAAUUUACGUGGUCUACGUGCAAAUAGAGGCAUCAUUGCCGUGGCAUGCUUUCUCGUUCUCGAACAUCCACGGCGGCGGCCACCUAUGGAGUCAGAUAACCAAGGUCCCAACCCAGGGCAAGGUGUUCUACGACCGUUGGAUUCCCAUUGCAGCGGGAUUUAUGACAUUUGUCUUCUUCGGAUGUGGAAAGGAUGCAUCUCGGAUUUACCGCGCGGCACUCCGGCCCUUCGGCCUGGAUCGCUGCUUCAGCCCUAUACAGACUUCUUCGACCGGAAGCUUUCCGCGAGACGGUUCAGGUUCUACCAGCAGUCGAGCCCAGCUUAUUUCCGGGAACAAGAAUCAAAAGGCUCCACAAGACUUAUACCACGCUUCAAGAAUCUCUGACCACGGCUACAACGACGUCGAGAAAGGAGUUUCACCCUCCACCUCUGGAUCUUCUGGGCAAUCCUCUAAGAAGGGAUGGCUAAAGACCCAUCUCACCUGGUUCGGCCGUUCAUUCCCUGCCCGUCGAGAGGCGAUGCGCUCUGCUCCGCACCUGGCCAUCCCCUCGAACACAAUCUCCACCAACGCCUGGGCUGGAACUAGUACUACUAUGAGCCGCGACAGUAUCGAGAUCGAGCUUAUGCCGCCGCGGACCGACUUGAUUAGGGUCAAGCAAGUCAUCAGGCAAGAGAGAGAAAUGCAGGUAUGA